UCCGAGAAUUUCAUACAGGUAUGGGUAUAAUCAGUGACCUUAUCAUCAGUUCUUAUCUAUGUUGUUCUAACUACUGUUCGUUUCAGUUUUUAUUUAGAAACAAAGAUAGCUUGUAUUUUAUGUUAGUGUUGUCCGGCAUAAAAAUGUGGCCUUUAGAUUAUGAUAUUGGAGUAUUGCCCGCAGAACAGAAUAGAAGGUAGUUAAAUUAUGAUUCGGAGAUGAUAUGGACUUUUAAGAGUUCCUCUACUUUUAAAAGGAUAAACAUUCAAUAAGAUCUGUAUCAGGGUCUUUAAAGUGAUAAAUACACGUACAGAACAUUAAUUAUAUUUUAUUGAUUCAAAAGAAAGAGUUGUUAUGAGAAUUUUAAUUUAUUGUAUUUUUCAAAAAUUAAAAAAAUAAUACAAAACAAUUUUAAUAUAUGAGUCCAUGACAUUUUGUAAAAUGUUUUAUUUUCCUCCAACUGAUUAUCCUAGAAAGAUACCUACCUAUAUAGAUACACAGAAAAUUUAAUACAAAAAUGGUGAUAGAUUGAAUGUGAUUACGCCCAGUAAUCCUGUGAUAACCAAAAAUUGUUGAAAAAAUUAAUUUAUAAUUUGGAAAAUUCUUGACUAUACAAAUGUAUUGUUUUGCUUUUUUUGUUACCUGUUAUCAUGUUUUUCCCCUUUAAACUGAUAGUAAUUUAUUCCUUUUCAUUUUGCAAAACUACUAUUGUGUUUCCUAACCUGAUUACUGAUUACAUUACACCUGAGAUUCCACCUGACUGUUCUAUAUAGUGGCUUAUGAAUUCGUAUUGUUAUUAUUUGUACGCCAUCAAUUGUGUGGUUUUUACUAAUUUAAUAAGUUGAUCUAUGUGUUUGCCUCGUUCGCAUACUCAUUGAGACAAUUUAUACUACAUGUAUCACAUAUUGUUUGUGACUUUGCUUAGGUGGAACCCACUUGUGAUUUGUGAUAUGUUAUACUAUGUUUAAAGAUUGAUUUAUACUCAAAGAUAUUUUUGUCUUUAAAGGUAAUUGUCUCUAAUAAUUGCUUUAUGAAUUACAUAUAAUAGUACAACUUCUAGAUGUCAAGUUUGUGAUAGGGAUGUCAUAAGUUUUCUGAAUCCAUAGAUUCUGUGUAGCAUGUUUUCUGUAGUUAAUAGGAUUAUGUUACCAUUUAUUUGAACUAGUCUCAGUUUCUUUAAAUAAUUAGUAUUUUAAUGUAAUGUUCUGUAGAUUGUGUACUUCGUGUUUAAAUUUCUUCCUUUCCAUGUGAUAUAUGUUUCAGCUAACCCUCUUGUUCCCUGUUUUACAUCAAAAGAAGAGGAAUCAUGAACCCUUCUGAUCAUGGGUUUAAUCCUGCCUUUAAUAUGGCUGCAAUCAAACAAGUCAUCAAUGAUGCAGUUGAAAGAGUUAGAGCCCCUUCGCCUAUGCGUUUGAGAGACCUAAUUAGGCAGAUUCGUGCUGCAAGAACUGCUGCAGAAGAGAGAGCCGUGAUCAACAAAGAAUGUGCAUACAUACGAUCAACAUUUAGAGAGGAAGACAGCUUAUGGAGAUGUAGAAACAUCGCUAAAUUAUUAUAUAUUCAUAUGCUUGGUGACUUAAAUAGUACUACUCAGUUUGUAGUCGGGCUGGCACUUUGCACACUUGGUGCAAUUGCAUCUCCAGAAAUGUCCCGUGAUCUCGCCGGGGAAGUAGAGCGAUUAAUGAAAUCUCCUAAUGCCUACGUGAGAAAAAAAGCUGCAUUAUGCGCCUACCGAAUCAUACUCAAAGUGCCAGAACUUAUGGAAAUUUUCCUGCCUGCAACAAGAUCUCUCUUGUCAGAAAAAAAUCAUGGAGUGUUAAUUACCGGAGUAUCAUUAAUAACAGAAAUGUGUGAAAACAGUGUGGAUACUUUGCAGCACUUCAAAAAGUUGGUCCCUAACUUAUUAAGGCAUUUGAAAAACUUGAUCCUUGCGGGUUAUUCACCUGAGCACGAUGUAUCAGGGAUUAGUGACCCGUUUCUGCAGGUGAAAAUUCUUAGAUUGUUGAGAAUUUUGGGUAAAAAUGAUGUUGAAGCAUCAGAGGCUAUGAACGACAUCUUAGCUCAAGUUGCCACCAAUACAGAAACCAGUAAAAAUGUAGGGAAUACCAUCCUUUAUGAAACAGUUUUGUCUAUUAUGGAUAUUAGAUCGGAGAGUGGACUAAGGGUGUUAGCUAUAAAUAUCCUUGGAAGAUUUCUCGUGAACAAUGAUAAAAAUAUUAGAUAUGUUGCUCUAAACACUCUGUUGAAGACUGUUCACGUUGAUACGAGCGCAGUGCAAAGGCAUAGGACUACGAUCCUGGAAUGUUUAAAGGAUCCAGAUGUAUCGAUUCGACGAAGAGCAUUGGAGUUGAGUUUCGCCCUCAUCAAUUCAGGCAAUAUCAGAACAAUGAUGAAAGAGCUUCUUAAUUUCCUGGAAAGAGCGGAUCCUGAAUUCAAAGAGAUGGCUUCGUCUCGGAUUGUCCUGGCAGCGGAAAAGCACGCACCUAAUAUUAAAUGGCACUUGGAUACACUUCUCAGUGUCCUCGUGGCAGCUGGAAACUAUGUUCGGGACGAUGUAGUCUCAUGUACUAUUCAGUUGUUAGUUGCAAAUCCUAGCCAGCAAGAAUACAUGGUACCGCAGUUAUGGUCAGCUCUCGAAAGUGAUACAGCAGAUCGUCAACCACUUACGCAGGUUGCAACAUGGUGCAUUGGAGAGUUUGGUGAUUUAUUGUUAACUACAUCGGGAUUAAAGGCUGUCAUCCAGGCAUAUCUUUUGGCAACAAAAUUGGAAACAGAUAAGACGGGAUACCUAGGAAGGAUUCAACAGUAUUGGCAAGAACUAUAUCCACAGAUGACUAUGAGUUCACAAAGGAUAAGUGACCAAGUUAGAGUGAUCCGUUCAAGAAAAUUUCUAUCUGAAGUGGAAACAGAAAAUAUCAAAAUAGUAGUAUCUGAACGAUUAGGAAUGGUGCAAAUUGAAAAUGAAGAGCAGCCAACAGAACCUUUUCUAGAAAGAUCGAUGGCAAUAGAGGCAGCUCCUCCAGAAGAAGAAGACAAAGACAUUGACAAACUAGUGGAAUCAUUAUUAUCCCAGCAUGUGAUUUAUGAGGGGAUACCGCUUGAUGUUAGACCAAUCCUCUCAAAGAUUCCCUAUAGCUUCAAAUCACGGUUGACUGUGAAUCGGGUUAAUGAGGCUCUGAGUAGAAUUAUUGUAGAUUACCCAGAAAUGACUGUCGAAGCUGUUUGUCAUUGGGCCUAUGUUGCAGCUAGUGUCAUUAUUAUUGAACUUGGCUUGGAAAAACAAGGAAAAAAGAAAAAUAAAAAUCAUACAAAACUUCCACGCUGGCAGAGAAGAUUGGAAAAUAAAAUAGCGUCGCUCAGGGCAAGUAUUGGAGUCAUAACGAGUUAUAUCAGGAACCCCGUUGGAACAAGUACAAAAGUGGCUGAAAUUAUAGAUAUAGCUGUGCCAAAUGACGGAAACAUUAACUCAGUCUGCGCAGAAAAAAUUUGGAAAUAUCAAGGUCUAGCAGCUGAGUUAAAAAGUUUGUAUAAACUUAAUAAAGUAACCGUUAGGGGCAUUGUGAUAUCCAGCAAUGGCCUGAUACCGGUGUCUACUGUGGAAGCUACUGACAGGCUAGGCCUCCCAACUCAUGUAAUAAAGGAAGCUCAGAAAGCGGUGCUGCUGAAUACUGCCAGAAUUGUUUCAGAGGCUGAGGUUUUAGCUGUUUACCAAAGAUUACUUUUUUCACCUCAAAAUACUCCAAUUACAAAACAGUAUGCUCUGACUUCAUUAACUAAAUUGAGCACAAGGUUUCCGACAGAAACCAGUAAGAUUCGGGAGUUGAUAGAAAGUUUUGGUUCACAUGUCCAAAUGGAGUUACAACAGCGAGGAGUCGAAUAUGGUCAACUAUUUGGCAAAUUUUCACAUCUACGGACUGCCCUAUUGGAAAGAAUGCCACCUUUGGAAAUUCAAAAAAAUAAUGGAAAUACUGGCCAGAAUGGAAGCCAUGAAUUAGAUAGCGAGGAAGACCUUAUCGAUAGCAAUAGUUCUCUACGCAAUACUUUUCCUCAAAUUCAUGAUAAAAUGUCAGAGGUGAGUGGUUUAGACUCAUCUUAUGAUAUAAUUUCUGAUAAGAAACCUCCGGCAGAUAUCAAAGUUAGCAAUGAUACUACUCUUUCUCUUCAAAACAACAACAAUAACAUCCUAAAUGCUAUUAAUUCAGUUAAUGACUACCUUACAGAUCCUCCCAUACCGCUAGUUCAACCUCAAGAGUCUACAGUUUAUGAAAAAGAUGGGUUAAGGAUAGAUUUCGCUUUGCAGAAAGUUCCUGAUUCACCUAAUACAACCAUUGUUAAUGUCACUGCUUAUAAUACUACAUCCACACCUUUUACUGAGUUUGUUUUUCAAGCUGCAGUUCCAAGGACAUUCCAACUUCAGUUAAUGCCACCGUCAGGUACCGUCAUUGCUGAAAAUGGUGUGGUAACGCAGGUAUUGAGAAUAACAACGCCAAACAAGUGCUCUCUUCGGAUGAGAAUUCGAGUAUCAUACAAUUGCGGUGGUGCUACAGUUACCGAUCAGGCGGAGAUAAACAAUUUCCCAUCCGAAACUUGGCAAUGACAUGAGUCUACUCGAGGGAAAUGAAUUGCUUGACGGAGAUUGAAUCUUAUCGGAACUGGAGUGGCCUCAGAUCACAAUGACGUGAUAUACAUUCCUUAACCAUACUUUAUAUGCCUAUAUUUGUUUAAGUCAAUUAAUCUAGAGCUCUGUAUCAUUUAAAACAGAAUAUUUAUUUUAUUUUAUCUAGUUUUUUUUUAGUUUUUUUCUGUCUUUUGGAAGGUAAAAUGGAUAUUUUAAUUAAAUUAGUUAAAGAAAUGUAGCGUUAAAGUUUAAAACCAAAUUAAUGGCUAUGGUCAGUUUGUUAUGUAUAUGCAGUAUAUUUAUUUAUUUUUAAGUAUUUUAUUAUGGAAUCUAUUAUUGAGCAUUGUGUAUUAUCAAAUGUUUUGAAUUUUUAUUUUUAUUUUUUUUGUUUUUAAAUAUUUAGUUUAAUUUUUCAAGCAUUUCUACUUUUACCAACUGUAUAUUUAAUUUUUGCAUAACUUUAAUGUUAUUGUUGUACUAAGUUAUGUUGUGAUUCAUUAUUAAAUAUAGCCAAUGUUGUUUCCAAUUAAAAAGAACCAUUACUAUUGAUUUAAAAAAUCAUCUAUUAUUUAGUUAUUUUUUAAUUUUAAUCUCAUUAUGAUAUAGUCUCUUGAUUUUUCUGAUCGUUCAAAAUUUGAACAGUUGAUCAUUCACAUAUUAAUCGUUAUGAUAUUUUAUUAAGUUGACUUUGAGCACCUCAUCUCUUUUUAAAAUGGGAAUCCAAAGAUUUAUGAUAACUGGUUAAUUAUUAUCUUUUAAUGAUGUGAUUUUUAAUAGAGGGGAGGGGGGAGAGCAAAAAGUCAUUCUUCAAGUAGUUUACCACAACUUAUUUAUCGAGACAUGAAUCAAUUGUUUUAUUUUUUUAUUUUUUAUUCAAAAAGUAAAUGCUCCAUUAAUUUGAUUUCAUAUAAUAAAUUGUUGAAUUUUCCUUUAUUAUUUAAAACAAAUACAUAAAAAAUAUUACUACUUUGUUAUAAUUUUAUUUGUUUAAGUUUUACAAACUCUGUGAUAUGAAUAACCAUGUUCAUUCAACUGUUGUUUACAAUAAAAAUAAUUUCUUGUUGUCUAAAUAUGAAAGUAUUAUUUAAAAUAUACAUAUUGAUUUUAGUAAUGUUUUAAAGACAUUAAACCAGCAUUCUAUUACUUUUUUCCUUCUUUUUUUGUUAAAAUAUUGAUUAUAAAAUGUUAUAAGUAAGGAAGAAUGUAAAGUCAAAAUUUGUUGUACAUAUCUUUCUUGUAUAUCUGUAUAUAGGAGACUAAUCGAGAAAUGUGCCUGCAUUGAUCAUGUUCGCAUAUGCACAUGUUUAUUAUGUAAUUGUAUUAUUUUAAGUUAUGUGUACAUAUGUGUUUAAUUUUUAAAAAAUGUACACUCGAUUAUUUAAAUAGUUAAAUAACUUUAAAUAAGAGUACUUAAUUAAUAUAUCCGAAUAAACAAAUAUAUAUAUUCUAUAAUUAUUAUGUAUAUUUUUUUCUCUCAUUAUAUUAUUAAUAUAUUUUGUAAAUACAAAACAUGUUUGGGAAGGACAGGGCACCCUAAUUAGGUAUUUAUUUAUAAGUGGAUCUUAAUUUAGCUCAGUUGUUAGUUUAAAAUAAAUAAAUAAAAAAAAAAGAAUGAUGACUAGUAAUGAGCAUUAACGUAUUCUUGUAAAUACAUAGAAUUAUUGGCUCCCUCCAUGAAAUUUCUUAGGUAAUGUAAAUAUUUUUAGUACUAUUUAAAUACUUCUUACUUGAUGAGAUGGGUAAUCGAAGAUGGUAUGAUUGUUUUAAGCCAAAAUGUUCUUACCUUUUAAUACAAAUACUAAAUUACCUAGAAAGACUGAAAAUAAUCAGACUUGAUGAACCUGGAGAGAAUGAUUUUACUUGUGUAUAUAUAGUAUAGUUAAUGCCUCACAUCAUUUCAUUAUUUAAAUAAAUAUUGCUCUCAAAGACUAUUUUUAUCUGUAUUUGAUAUGUAAAGUAUGUCACUAUAUAGUCAUAGUCUAUUUUGCUUUUAGUAAAUUAUUACCAUUCUUCAUAAAUACUACUUAUAUUAAGUUAGAAAAUGUCACUAAAUUGUCGAUUUUCCAUACACAGUGGGUCUUUAUUAUUGUCUGAAAACCAAGAACAGUGAUAACAAAAGUUAUAUUUUAAAAUAAGAUUUUUUGUGAUCAUAGUCAAAGGUAUUUUUAGCUGUUAUAGGCCUAUUGACUUUUUAAUUAUUAUUUAUGUAGAUGAACAAUAUAUGAUUUUAUUAAAAUGUAAUAGUCAACCAAUUCUUUGAUAUUUCAAAUUUAGAUUUAGAUAAUGUUUUUCUUUACUUAAAUUAUGUUACUAACUGAGAAUUACUGUCGAACCGCCUUGCUCUUGUUACAUUCUCAUCAUUUCUUGUUCUCUUUCAAGCCUCACCUUAUUCCUUCCCAUAUAUAUAUUUCCUUAUUUAUAUAUGAUUUCCACUCCGUGUGAUUAUUUUUUAGUUGAAAAAUCAGGGCUUAGCUUUCUUGCUUACGGGUGCAGCGGAUAUUUAUUACAAUAUGUUCUGGGCAUACGUUUCUUGAUUCAGUACGUCCUGGUUAAUUAUUUCAUAUUUUGUUUCCAUUUUUGUUAAAUAUUUAUCACUACAGCUUCUCGGUCAUGGUCACAACAAAUAUAAUGUAAUGUUAGUAAUCCAAAUUUUAUUCGUCCAGAUACUCCAAUAAUCUGAACAACUUGAACGUCCCACUACUAUCUUCUACCAAUAAAUGACAUGAACUGUUCCGACUAGGGGUAGUGUUGUUCUUUCAUGAGGAGGGGAAAAUCGUUUUCAGUGAGAACAUAGAUGCCAGCCUUCAUAGUGUGUACCUUAGUGGCUAUAAGGCGGUGCAGGUCAUUACUACCACAUAUGGUUCAUAUGCAAUCCUCACUCAGAGAAUAUUGGGAAGUCCUCUCUCCUGUAACCAUCUUCAAGCAGGAUAAGGUUGAGAGUUACGAGUUGCCCUUCUGCAAAGAUCUGCACCGCCUCGUCUGAUACAGUCCUGUAGGCCUUAGCUACCUCCAGCACAGCUGUUCUUUGUAUGUCGCCAACCUGGUCUUGUUUUUUAAGAGUCUAGGAUACUAGGUGGGGGAUUCAUACAUAAGAUUACCUUGAAAUACUCCUAUAUUAUUUGUCAUUGUCACUGGCCCCAGAGAGUGCUCCCUACUUAAACUAAGUUCAUUGAGUGUGUGGCUCUCCAUCAAAACAUGUGUUUGGACAUAAUCGAGUGAAGUGAUCUUGUUCUUUUUAUCCUGAUGAAGCCUGAAUUAGCAAACCAUUGACGCGUUAGUUUUUUUUUCCUACAUUAUAGAGAAACAAAGUUAUGUAGUUGGAUUUUUUCAAUGACUACCAACACAUUAUUUUUUAAACAUAAACUUAAUUGAGGCUAUGAUGAAUGAUACCUGACAUUUUCAUUGAGAACAUAAUUUUUUUUUUAUAAUUCACCCUUAUGAUACAAUUUUUUUAAGUAUAACAAAUUAGGCCAUAAUCAUAUGGCAAAGGAUCAGGAGUAAAAAUGAUUAAUGUUGAUUAACCACUUUUCUUCACAUAUUACCUUAUUUUGGAUUCCAUGACCCUGGGCAUAGAUUACUUAAUGACUGGUAUAGGUACCAUCAUGGUUCUUAAAAAAAUAAAUAAAUAGGUUUUUCAGACUUGACAAAAAUUCCUGAAAAGAGACAUUCAUCAUUUUCCCUCCUGACCUUACAUAUUGUAUAUAGUGUGUGUAUUCAACUGUAAAAUAGCAUAGGGUUGCUAUGUGCAUGGACUAUCCUUGAGUGGGUAGUAGGGGAAGCAUUCCUCUUACUACAUGUAAUUUCUUGCAGAGGCUCGGUGUUGGAAGGGAGCAGAUGCAGACCAUGAUAGAAGUUAUUAUUUUAGACUCACUAGGAAUCCUCCAUCACCACAUGUAUUGAUUGAUCUUGGCCUUCACUUAUUUAAUUUUACAAACUGUUCUUGGCAUAUCUGAUUAGUAUUCCAAUGGUUCGAUCUAACCUUCUCUUAUUUUUUUAAAUAAUAUUAUCGUUAUGGGUUGAUGGUGGACUGUAGUGAAUAAUUGAAGAGAAGGAUGGUUGUGGUGAUCAGUAAAAAUAAUUGUAUUUAUUUUUAUUAUUUUAUUUUGACUGAUGACCCCAACCAUCGUUCGUUCUCUUCAAAUAGUAUCUAUUUAUUAAUGAGUAUGCUGUGUUAUUUAGCAACUCGCCACAGUUGAGCAGCCGUGCACUGUUGUAAUAUUAUUUAUUUCCUUUUGGUUCCUUCUUCCUAACUCUUUUUAAUAAAACUAGAUUUAAAUGUCAUUCUUAUUAAGUUUAGAGCAAUCUGCUAUCUUUUGUUUCUGUAACAGUUACUUAAACUCAAGUUGUCAAAAUCAUCAAAAGCCUUUAAAUCUCAAAAGAUGAGAUUACCAUUCUUCAUAUCUCACUCCAUAUGGUUGUGUUUUCUGUGAGACUUCUCGCCCUAAAUUCUUUAAUAUUUACAAACAUUAAAAUUAAUGAAAUAAAUGCUUUAAACAUAAAAUUGUAUUUUGCCAAUGGUUUUAUUAAGUCUUUUACAAGGACUAACUUGAGAAAAACGAUUAUAAAAUCAUCCUAAUUAAUAUCAAAUUUUGCAGAUACCUUUAGACUAUUGAUCCAAAUUAUUGGAUUGUCCAAAAAAUAAUGUAGGCUUCAUGUUUUCUUUACAUUAAUCCUUUAUAUAGCAAGCUGUGUUUUAGGGAUUAUUUUUUUGUAUAGAUAUUAGCACUCUUCCAACAGAAAUGUUUUUAUCUUCUGUAGCAGAGAGAAUAAAACAGAGCAACAGAAAUACCAUGUGAGGAAAUCACUCCGUAAACACCUUUUAUGUUCAGAAAAUUUCAGUAUGCUUGUUGAUGAUUGAGAGUGAUUAGGUAAGAUAUGAGCAUGAGUGAAAUACCAAAGCUUUGUAAAUUAAAACAAACAUUUACCAAUAUAUGCUUUUUAUUAAGAAUGGGCAAUCAUAGCAAUUAUUAUAAUAAAAAUAGUAAAUAUAAUCAUAUAUAUAUAUAUAAAUAAAUUUAAAUAUAAAUAAACUUCAUCAUCAAUAACAUAGUAAAAUAAUCACAUUUCAUCAUGAUUUCUUGGUGGCCUUAUAUGGCUGUUUCUUUUAAUGCUAUCAACCAGCCAUAAGAUACCUUCAUCGACCCCAUCUCUGGAAAAAAAAUGUUAAUUGUCAAUAAUUAUAAUAUAAUUCAAUAAUAAAACAUAUUAUUGUUAUAUUAGGGGUCAUAUACUGGAGUAGA